AUGGACCGAGACGGAGAGGUUCUCUUUCCUAUUGAGUAUUGUGCACCGAUCGACCCCAAAAGAAUUCUCCUAACAAUAAGUAGUAGCAAGGAUACUGGCGACCAAGUUCGCAUUGUGAUCGAGUGUGCCGAUCACAAGCCCUUGGUGGUCCAGAAAUCCCUUAUCACUAGGCACUCCGACUACUUCAAAGCCUGCCUGAAACACGAUUUCCAGGAAUCGAGGAAUUCCACCAUCCAACUCCUCGAAGUUGACGCCGACUUGAUGACUUUGUACCUGAGUUUCGCACAUCGCCAAUUCAAUAAAUCCAAGAAGUCGCCCAAGCUCGGAAGUGUCGGCAUCAUCUCGACUACCGAUUUCCCCAACGUCGCCGACUGGCCGCGCCUCAUCAACCUCUACCAGCUCCUCGACUAUAUCCAAAACAAGGAGCUCCUACAGAUCGCAGGCCGCUUUAUCCAACAGGUCAUCUCUUUCAGACACUGCUCCAUGCUCACACCCGCGACGGAAGGCACAGAAGUCGACCGCUUCUUCGAGGCCUAUGCGAAUGCCUUUGACACGCUCGACCCCGACCAUCCAGCCCAGGCCAAGUUCGGAGAUGAAAUGGUCGCACGAUUCUUCAGGCGAGUCCAUUGUGAUGUUCUUGUUAGCCAUCAUCACGCGUUAGAGUCCCAUCCCGAGUUCGUUGCUAAGAUUAGCCGAAGACAGUCGGAGUACGUUGCGUCCAGGACGCACCAAGAUGUUGAGGAGUUGUGUGGCCUCCGAAAGGUUUCUGGGAGGAUGAAGUGGGCUAGGCGGGAAUAUCUACGAGCAGUUCUCGAUUAG